AUGGGCCCUGCGGGCUGCGUCUUCCUCCUGCCUCUUCUGUUGGGGAUCUCAGGCACAGAUGAGGAGGAACCCGAGGAUCUCGUCAAGUCAAUCUGCGGGCGGCCCGCGGUUUUCUCUGGCAUCGUCUCCGGCCUGGAGGCCAACGUGGGGCAGUGGCCCUGGCAGGUCAGCAUCCGCCAGGGCUUGUCUCACGUCUGUGCCGCCUCCCUCAUCUCAAAGCAGUGGGUGCUGACAGUGGCAAGCUGCUUCCGGUCUAAGGACCCCAGAAAAUAUGAGGUACUGGUGGGGUCACUUCAGGUCUCCGGUUACCAAGGCCCAAAAACAGCGGUCAUCCCUGUGUCCAGGAUUAUCCCCUACCCCGGCGUCCAGGGACCAUCCAGUGCCAUCGCUGUGGCAGAGCUGGCCCGCCCGCUUUCCUUCAGCCCUCUGGUCCUGCCCAUCUGUCUCCCGACAUCAGCAGUCCAGCUGAAGAACGCAGCCUCCUGCUGGGUGACUGGAUGGGACAAUCCUGGGAUAUUCCAGUAUGCUGAUAACCCUACCACGCUCCAGGAAGCAGAAGUACCCAUCAUUGAACACCAGAAAUGUGAAAACAUAUACAACCCACUGGCCCCCUUCUUGCCGCAAGCACAGCCGGUCAUCGAGGAAACCAUGGUAGAGCUAAGCUUGAAUUUCCUGGGGCUCGGCCCCAGAGUGAGGAUGGGAACGGAAGAAAAGCCACUCUUCCUCCGGCUCGCCUCCGAGAGUUGGAGGUGCCGAUCCCCUCCGGGCGGGCGAGGGAGCCGCCGGCGUCCGGAGCAGGGCGCCCCCGUCCCUCCCCUCGCGCCGCCCGAGCCCCUCACCUGCGGCCGGGUGGCCGGAGAGCACGCGGCCCCGGGCGCGGCGCGGGCCCCCGAGCUCGCGGCGCUCGCGCAGCUCGUCGUCCUCGUCCUCCCGCCGCCGGCCCUCAGCCAUGGACGAGCCGCGCGGGCCCGCGCGCCGGCCGCCAGCCCCGGGCGCCCCACGCCCGCAGCCUCGGGCCUGGGAGGCGGCCCCGGAGAGCGGCGGCGUCGGAAGCGGCUGCCUCUUCGGCUCCACCUGCAGCCCACGGGGGAGCGGCCGGGCGCGGGCCGAGCCGGCUUCCCCGCCUCCUCGCGCGCCCCGGCGGCCUCCUCCUCCGGCUCUCCCGCUCCCUUCCCCGCCCCGCGGAGCUGGAGCCGGGAUCGGGCGGGGUCUGGCGGGGCCUCGCCUCCUCGGGGAGGGGUUACGGGCCGCCGAGCCGCCCCGCCGCCGCACACGCCGCGCCACCAAAACAGACGGGUACAAGAUAAACAAAUAGGAUAG